AUGUCUCCAACCAUGAAGCAGUGGGUUGUCCAGGGCAAGGACAAAGACUUCGACGGUCUUUCUCUUCAAGAAGCUCCUAUCCCCAAGGUGGGGGAAUAUGAAGUCCUUGUGAAGCUCGAGGCGGCGUCGUUAAACUACCGGGACCUGAUCAUUCCCAAGGGACUAUACCCGUUCGCCGUGAAUUUCCCUGUGGUCCCAGGCUCCGACGGGCCACCAAUGGGUGAGAUCGAUGGCCCCGCGGCCCUCACUGGCCUCGGCGGAGCCAUCGACGGUGUCCUCCGGGAAUAUGCAGUCUUUAACCAAAUCGGUCUUGUCAAGGCUGCUUCGAACCUUAGCGCGAUUGAGAACAGCACCUUGGCCUGCGCAGCUGUCACAAGCUGGAAUGCGCUGUACGGUCUGAAGCCCCUCAAGCCGGGUCAGACUGUCCUGGUCCAGGGUACUGGCGGUGUGAGCACCUUUGGUUUGCAGUUCGCGAAAGCUGCUGGCGCGACCGUCAUCGCUACUACCUCGUCGGAGUCUAAGGCAGCGAAGCUCAAGAAGCUGGGUGCCGACCACGUCAUUAACUACAAGACUGACCCCAACUGGGGCGAAACUGCUCGCAGCCUGACCCCCGACAAGGCCGGCGUGGACCACAUCAUUGAAGUCGGCGGUCCCGGCACUCUCCAGCAAAGUUUCAAGGCCAUCAAGUUCGAGGGUGUCAUCAGCAUCAUUGGUUUCCUCGGCGGCACCGACGCCAGCUCGCAGCCAGGUAUCCUGGACACACUCUCGAACAUCUGCACAGUUCGCGGUGUUUAUGUCGGCAGCAAAGCUCUUAUGAGGGAUAUGAUCCGAGCUAUUGAGGCCAACGACAUUCACCCCGUGGUGGAUGAGAAGGUCUUCACUCUGGACCAGACUCGGCAGGCUUAUGAGUAUCAGUGGGCCCAAAGCCACUUUGGCAAGCUGACCAUCAAGAUUGCCUAA